UGACGUAAACCAUAGGCGGAAAUGAAGGUGCUGGUGGUUUUCUUUCAUUUCGGAUAAUCUGCUCAUUAGGAUGGAGGUUUCUGUAUCUCUCAGCGCGGAGGCUUUGCGGGAGCGGCUGAUUCAGGGGCUUGAGGCCGAGCAUGUGGAAGUGGAAGACACAACUCCUGGACGCUGUGCCACAAGCUUCAAAGUCCUGGUAGUGUCCCCAUGUUUCCGGGGAAAGGCAUUGCUCCAGCGGCACCGGCUGGUCAAUGAAGUUUUAUCUGAAGAGUUGAAACACAUUCACGCCUUUGAGCAAAGAACACUGACACCAGAACAGUGGGCAAAAGAGCAAGAAGCUAAAUAACGGGACGCCUCCCUGCCCCAUUUUGCUCUGGAACCGAAAGGCAAUAGCCCAGAGACCCAAUCAGUUGCCUGAAGGAGGACGAGAGAGAUGGCUGAGGAAGCAAUUUAAAUGUUACAGAGGGCCCUUCAGUUAGAAUACCAGGUGGACUUUGAACAGCAUAAGGCAGAAAAUAAAGACAUGGAAACAA